AAAAAUCAUGCUGUGAUGAUUUCUCAACUUGGUUGUGGAUAUAAAGCUCUUAUUCCAGAUCUCUACAGAGGAAAGGUUGGUCUGGAUGUUGCAGAAGCACAACAUUUGUUUGAUGGUCUUGAUUGGCAAGGUGUUGUAAAAGAUAUCAGUGCUUCCAUUAACUGGCUUAAGGCAAAUGGUUCAAAGAAGGUUGGUGUUACUGGAUUUUGUAUGGGGGGUGCUCUCUCUGUUACAAGCUCAGUCUUGGUUCCAAAUGUUGAUGCUGCUGUAGCUUUUUAUGGAGUUCCUUCUUCUGAGCUUGCAGACCCUGCCCAAGCCAAGGCUCCUAUUCAGGCCCACUUUGGAGAGCUGGAUAAUUUUGCUGGAUUUUCAAAUGUUACAACUGCCAAGGCCUUGGAGGAGAAGCUGAAAACAUCUGGUUUUCCACAUGAGAUACACAUAUAUCCUGGCAAUGGACAUGCAUUCAUGCACAGGUCUCCAGAAGGAAUCAAGAGGAGGAAGAGCAUAGGAAUGCCCGACGAAGACGAAGCCGCAGUUCAGCUCGCAUUGUCUCGCUUUCAGUCAUGGAUGACACAUUAUUUAUCCAGCUAA